CUCAAACCACGUCCCAACCUUGAAUGGGAUUUAUAAAAGGGACCCAACCGUCAUCCGGCAAACAAGGAAAAGCAACAGCAACAGAAACAUCUCCAAAGGGGAACUCAAGAACCGUGCGCAACAAGCCUGACUCUAGAGGACAGCCAAUCCCUUCUGUGCAGAAUUCCAGACAAACCACCGCUUCUCUAAGCCGAUCAGCGCAGAAUUAAAGCAGGGCACGAAGGGAAGAGAGAGGGAAAAAAACACUCCGCUACGCUUGACAAGAAACUCGGAUUUCUGCUCUCACGUCAGACAAACUCUUGCCAAAAAUGAUGAUGCAGCUGCCAGAAACCCCCACCCAGAAAAACAACCUCUUCAACGCCAUGAACCGCUUCAUCGGCGCCGUCAACAACAUGGACCAGACCAUCAUGGUGCCCAGUCUGUUGCGGGACGUCCCAUUGGAUGAGGACAAAGCGUCGUUGCCUCUGAGAUCAUAUGAAGACGAGGGAGACGUGUACAGCUACUACCAGCUGCUCAAGUCCAUCCGCAGGGACAUCGAGUGGGGCGUCAGGUGCGCAGCCGCUGACGAGAGGCGCAAAGAGAGCAUGAAGAUCAGCCGCAAAAACUCCUCUGCAUCCACAUCUUCUGCAUCAUCAUCAUCCUCUGAGGAAGAAUACGAGGAAGAUGAGGAUUUGGAGAAGCAGUUUCAGUACCAUCUGACCGGGUUGCAAGGGGUGCUCUCCAAACUGACGCAACAGGCCAACUGUGUCACCAAACGCUACAAACAGGAGAUUGGAAUUGGAGGAUGGGGGCAGUAAAAGUCUGUGCCCAUGAAACUGAAAACUCUUUUUAUUGUUGUUGUUGUUGUUGUUGUUGUUGUUGUUGUUGUUGUUGUUGGACUUUUUAAACCGAUUUCUCACUAAGCUUCAUGAAUGGUACAGAAAAGGCAGCUUUUUCUGUGUGCUGGCCUACAAGGUGUUGGUCUACUCUGAUUGUAGAUGUGUUGAUCUUGAAGAAAGCAUUUUGCGUACUUAACACCAAAUCUCACACUGUAUGUUUGCACUCCAGGGUGUUGUACACAUCAUGCAUUCAUCUUUUAUGAUACACAGAUGAAACGUAUUUAAAGAUUUAUUUAAGAUAUUAUUUAUUACCUCAUAUUGUAAGAGCCGAAUGUUAUUUCAAAGCUGGGGGGAAAAAAAGGAAGUGCAUGAAAUACUAGACAUGUUGUUUUGAACCAGCUCUCUGAAAGCAAUACUGACUAAAGAUUGAGCUACAUUUGUCUAAUGCUAAUGAAGUCAGUGUGUUCACAUCAAUCUGUCUGUGUAUGACCAGUGCUUCCACUGAUCUGAUGUGUGUGUGUGUGUCUUUAAACUGUGCCUGAAUGAGAAGGAGGCGGAUGCUGAGUAUAGCUGCCUGUGAUCUCCUCAGGUCCUACAUGGUCGAUGAACUGGAAUCUACUGAGAAUUCUUUUGCAUUAAGAAUAAUGAUGGUUUCCAUGAGAUAUAUUGUUCCUUUUUUCAUUUUUGCUACUAUUAAGCAAUCAUUGAAAAUGUCCUUUUGUAAAAUAAGUAAAUGCUUUUGUAUUCACUCUUCUCCUGUACCACUUUUGUACAAACUUUGUUUCUAAAAUAAACUUUUAUAUGAAUUUCA